UUUAUUUGUUUGUUUGUUUUUCUGUCUGUCGGCUAUUUGUUUUGGAUUGAUUAUCACAAAUCAAUUAUCGAUUACACUAUCAAUUAACCAGAUUUUUGUUUCAAUUUAACAUUGUUAUUUCUGAUUUGUUCGUCAAAUUUUUUUGUUCUGUUUUGCAUAUUGUCCUAUAAAUUAUCAUUCAAAAUUUUAAUCAAUCAAAUCAAAAUAACCGGUUCAACAGAAAUGAAGAAUAAUAAAAUGAAUUUAAAUACAAAUCCGAUGGAAGGUAAUCCAACUACCGAUGGUAGUGGACGUAUUGAAUCAUUAAUGUUGGAUCCAUUACAAACAUCAUCACCUCCAUCACCACCACCUUUAUCAAUGAUUAAUCAGACAAUCACAUCAAAUGGAAAUAGCCACAGUAUUAUCAAUCAUAAUACUUGUGAUCAUCCAAAUUCCGAUCAUAUUGUCUAUCGAUUAGCUUUGACUGGUGGUCCUUGCAGUGGUAAAACAACUGGUCAGGCAAGAAUAUCGACAUUUUUUGAAAAUCUUGGUUGGAAGGUUUAUCGUGUACCAGAAACGGCUACCACUUUAUUCAGUGGCGGUAUCCGUUUUCCUGAAUUGAAUAAAGAUGAAGCGGAUAAAUUCCAAGAAAAUCUUAUAAAAGUCAUGAUCUCGAUCGAGCGAACAUUUUUUACAUUAGCUCAGACUUGUAAACGUAAUUGUCUUAUCAUUUGUGAUCGCGGUGUAAUGGAUGCUACAGCAUACAUGUCUGAUGAAUGUUGGCAACGAUUUUUACGUGCAAAUAAAUGGAACACUGUUGAUCUGCGUGAUAAUCGUUAUAAUCAGGUGAUCCAUUUGGUUACAUCUGCUGAUGGUGCUGAAGAAUACUAUAAUAUUGAAGGCAAUCCUGUACGUACUGAAGGUCUUGAAUUAGCUAGAGAAAUGGAUCGAAAAACAAUGGAAGCCUGGGUUGGCCAUCCAUAUAUGGAUGUUAUUGAUAAUUCGACCGAUUUUGAUACAAAAAUGAGGCGAAUGAUUUCGGCUUUGUGUCGUCGUAUAGGAAUUGAAGCAAGCGAUCGUUUGCAAGAUGAAUCACAUAAAAUUAAAUUUCUGGUCAAUGGACCACCACCGUCGCCAUCAUCGAUAUCAAUGCCACCUUAUCAAGAUUUUGAUGUUGUGCAUGAUUACUUGAUCACAUCAAAUCCGAAGAUUCAAUCACGUAUACGGAAACGUGGCCAAAAUGGAAAUUGGAGCUAUCAACAAACAGUCCGUCGAUCGGAUGCUGGAUCCCAAAUGGUUGAAUUGCGUAGGCAAAUUACUCAUCGUGAUUAUGUGACAUUAUUGGCACAACGUGAUGAUAAUCAUCAUACUAUUUACAAAACACGCCGUUGUUUCCUUUGGCAGCAGACCUAUUUUCAGAUGGACAUUUAUCAAGCUCCACGUAACGGUCUCAUACUAUUAGAAGCAUAUACAACAUUGAGUGGUCAAGCGCUUAAAGCUAAAUUGCCAGCAUUUUUGAAUAUUGUACGUGAAGUGACUGAUGAUCCAGAAUAUUCUAUGUUUGAAUUGUCUCGUCGUUUGGAAUCACCAACCAGAUUAGGUAUUGGCGGUGUUCGGCAACUUUCUGGCAGUCAUCGUGGAUCGAUUUCAUCUAGUGAUGAAUCUGCAAAUGAAAAUGUCACAAAAACAAAUCGUACUAAUAGUGAUGGUCGAAAUGGAAAAAAAUCACGGCGUAAAUUAAGUGCAUUAUUACGUGAGUCAGGCGAUGUAUUAACAUCACCAUCACAAACAAUAACAAAAGAAAAUGGUCAAAUCGACUUAAAAUCGGGGAUUAAUGAUAACAAUGUCAAUAACGUUAAUAAUGAUCCGGAAAAUUUAAAAGGAAAUGAUGAUAAUAAUAAUAGUAUAUGCAAAUCGAAAAUAUCAGCAACGACCGAUAUAUCAAAUAAUGUGAAAAUGAACACAACCAAUGGACAUUAUUGAUUUUUCAGAAACCUAUGAAUGAUCUUCAU